GCGGUUGCGUUGCUUUAUCCCGGACUAAUCAGUGUGGACAGUGGUCACUUCCAGUACAAUCACCUGUCCUUAGGCUUAUUCUUGUUCUCGUUCACCUGCUUCGUUUCAAAUUUCCUCAAACUUGGCUCGGUAUUUUUUGUUUUGGCUGUACAUUACAAGCAAAUUGAGCUUUAUCAUGCUUUGCCCGUUGCUGUUUAUUUGUUAUCGCGAUCUUAUACGGAACUUUUUCCCUCAAGUGCAAUUAAAAGUUACUGCGCUUGGUUGCGGCAGUUGCUCGUCUUGUUCACUUGUGUCAGCUGCACAAUGUUUGUCCUGUGGUUUCCAUUCAUUUAUACGAGAUCUGAUUUAUUUCAAAUUUUGCGCCGAAUUUUUCCAUUUUACCGAGGUUUAUUUGAGGAUAAAGUGGCCAAUUUGUGGUGUUCGCUGAAUGUGCUCAUCAAACUGAAAAAAAAUUUCGACACACUGUUUUUAUUGCGCAUAAGGCCAUCUGUGCUGCUGUGGCAGGAGAACCCGGUACUUGUAUCUUGGCUUUUGAUAAUUUCCAACGUGAGGUCAGUUAACGUUCUUUUCUGUGUAUGA